GUCGAACUCGCACACCCAGAUAUGGGGAGGAUCAAGGGCAAGACCAAACUCGGUGUCGCGCAGUUUCAAGGCAUACAAUUUGCCACUCUCAGGAACCGCUUUGCGCCGGCAGAGCUUGUCAAGUAUGAUCAGACUGCGCUGGUAGAUGCUACAAGACCUGGUCCUCAAGCUCUCUGCCAUGCACCAGGCCCCGACUUCGAACAGCAGGUGUUGCUGCAGCAUACCCUCGAAUACGAUCGCAGUACACAGUACACUCACGACCUCGACUGCUUGCAUCUCAACUUGACCGUGCCGGUAUCUGCCAAUCAAGAUGUGAACUCCAAUGCAAAACUCCCCGUCUUCUGUUUCAUUCAUGGAGGUGGCUUCAGUACUGGUUCUGCUUCAUUUCCUCAAUAUGACAUGAGCAAGUUUGUGAAGUUGUCGGUUGGGAUUGGUUCUCCCAUCAUCGCCGUAUCGAUCAACUACCGUCUCAACGCGCCAGGCUUUCUCACGUCCAAAGAGCUUCGAAACGCUGGAUACGAAACGAACAAUGCUCUAAGAGACCAACGAACAGCGCUGCACUGGAUCCGAAGAUACAUCUCCGGUUUUGGCGGCGACCCCGACAACGUUACUUUAAUGGGGGAAAGCGCAGGCGCAGUCUCAGCAAACUACCACCUCCUCUCCCCAGAACCCUUAUUCAAACGUCUAAUGCUAAUGUCCGGCACCAUCCUCCUUAUCCCCCCAAUCCCCUUAGAAGCCGCAGAAUCAAACUACCAAAAAGCAAUCCAGGUCCUCGGCCUCGAAACCUCAACCCCAGAACAACGAAUCCACACCCUCCUAACCAUGGACGGCAUCGACUUAUGCUCCAAGAUGCUCACAUCCGGCAUUCCCACCAUCCCAGUCCACGACUCCGACAUCAUCGACUGUCGCCUCACAUCCCCCACCUUCGAAAACAUCGGAACCGCAUACCUCGACAUCCCAGGCAGAAAAUGGUGUCAAGCCGCCCUCAUCGGCGACUGCCAAUUCGACGGCAACAUCCAAUUCCUGCGCCUCGCCCACCGAAAAAAAGACAUCGCCCAAAACAUCUACACCUCCUUCACCAAAUCCCUCGGAAGCGCUGAAUCCGCCUCCGCAGUCCUUGAAGCUUACAAUCUCUCCCCAUCAUCAUCAUCAUCUUCAUCUUCAGACAUGAAUAAUGACGAACAAGCUUUCCACCGCGUCUUACUCCUCUGCAACGACAUCCAAUUCUACGCCCCCACAAUGUCCCUCGCCGCAAACCUCUCCCAAGUCAUGCCCACUUACAUCUACAGAUUCAACGAACCGAAUCCCUGGCCGGGGAAAUUCUCGGGCCAAGCAAUCCACGUUCAAGAUUUGACUUGGUUGUUGCAGAAUUUUUCUGAGGUUUUGGAUUUUCCGCAACGGAGGCAGGCGGAGGAGUUUGCCGGGAGGGUUUUGAAAUUUGUUUGUGAUGGUGGUCAGCACCCGUGGAAGGCUUGGAGGACGGGGGAGAAGGUUGCGUUUGUUUUGGGGCCGGAAGGGAAGUGGGAGGUUGUGAAGGAUGAGGGGCCCGGGAAUGGGAGGAGGGGGACGAUAAGGGUUUUGGCGGAGAGGUUUGGGAUGGAUGUUUUGAGUGAGGCGUUGGGGAAGUUU